AUGUAUGCUGGACCGAGUGGUCAUCCUCUCCGGCAGCCUCCAAUGGGUCCCCCUCCACCCCAUAUGCAGGGCUCCAUGUCCCCUACCACACCUCAUGCCAUGCCCCCAUCCCCAUCUCGUAUCCCCUUCGGCCCACGCACCUCAGGCUGUGGGGUUUCCACAAUGCCACGUGAGCGAGCGGCACACACACUCCCCGCCUCCAGCCCCACUCGCGCAUCCUCCCCCUGCCCGAGCGCCAUCCUCGAGCGGCGUGAUGUCAAACCUGAUGAGGACGUAGCUGCAAAGAGCAUGUCGCUGCCCGCCCGAGCCGAAAGUCAUUAUGCUGACCCCUAUAUGUUACAUCACCAUGCCCCGCCUCCUGAUACAGUAGACCACGCCUACCACCGUGCCACCAUGCGCUCUUAUAGUAACCCCGGCGUUCCCAUGGAGCCCACGGACCAUCCUUCGCUCUUCCGACAGAAAAGCAGGAAGUACACGGAUGGCCAGCUACCCAUGCUAGGCUCCAAAACCCCGCCCCCUUCCCCACACCGGAUGGGCGAGGUGCGAAUGAUGGACAUUCACACAGUCCAACCACAGAGUUCCAUGACUCUGGAGAGGGCAUCACCUAUCAGACAAUCGUUUAGGAAGGAGAUUCCUCUUGCUAUGGAUACCAUGGUAAAGGCAAGGGGUGGCAUGGGAUCUCCGGCCACCCCUGAUCUUCAGGUUCACAAUCCUCUUGCCCCCUCGACAGACCCUCAGACACGGAAUCUGGAGCAGUACGUGGAGACACUGAGGACUGAUUCUAGCCUUGCUGCGUCUCAGAGAUCCGUGACGCUGAAGGAGGUAGAGGAGGGAGCUGUCAGUCUGAGGAAGGUGGGCGAGAACCUGGCUGGACUGAAAGAAGAGUUUCCAUCUCUUCAAUCCCGUAUGCGGGCGGUGCUCAGGGUGGAAGUGGAGGCCGUGAAGUUCCUCAAAGAAGAGCCGCACAAGCUUGACAGCAUGCUGAAGAGAGUCCGAACCCUCACGGACACACUCAGCAACCUUCGCAGGUCUGCCACAGAUAGCCUGCUGAAACCCUCUGACCUUAUUUCCUCGACACCUUCUGCCUCUGAAAAAACAGAAUCGGCCAUUGUUGAAUCCCUCGAGGCUGCCUCGGUUGCACCUCAGAGCUCCACAGUGAGGUCAGAGGUUAUGACGUCAAAUCCUGUGGUGAUCCACCAUGCCCAGACCUCUCCUGUAGCUUCACAACAAUCCCAGCAAUCAACAGCACCUUCACCCAUUCCCCCUGCAGCACAAAGACGAGAGUCUACCCCUUCACCCACCAAACAGCUCAAAAAACCCUCACUUGAGCAGACACAAAUACCAAAUAACAGCAGCAAUGGAGUCUCAGCUAAUGGCAUUCAUGGCAAAGGUCCUUCUCCAAACAUCAUUGAGGAGAUACGCGCUAGUCGCAGCAAGAACAAGAACAGGGCUGUGUCAAUAGAGGCUGCAGAGAAAGAAUGGGAGGAGAAGAGGCAGAACAUGGGUCAUUAUGAUGGGCAGGAGUUCGAACGGAUGCUCCAGGAAGCAGAAGCCAACAUGCUGAGAGGAAUACCAAACCUUGAGGUGCCCAGCGAACCCGAGGGCUCCCCUGAAGUGGUUCUUGCCUCCCUGGAGGAGGUGGUAGAAAAAAAUGAGCCCACAGCAGCACCAGCAAAACAGGAUGACAAUCAGCCAAACUCUGAGAAACCUACUAAGACUGCUCCAGAGAAACCUCCCAAACCUCUGGAGAAACCAGUUAAGUCAGCUUUGGAGAGACCUCUUAAGCCCAACCUAUCCAUCAAAUCCAGCCUGGAGAGACAAAGUAAGACACAGGAAAAAGUUGUUAAGCUUCCGACCACAGACAAAGCCAACAAGUCCCCUCCUCCACCCCCACCUCGACGAAACUACACCACCAACACUGGGAUGACCACCACCCGAUCUGGAGAGGUCAUUUACACCAGCAGGAAGGAGUCUGUUAUGGAGGGUGAAGAGGAGUCCAACGGUACAGCGUCUCAGUCUGAACCAAAGUCCUCUCCAGAGGUGAAGCCCAAACCCAUUACUCCUCCACCUAUCGCUGCCUCGGCUAUCACUGAGGAAGAGGAUGAGGGAGACAAGAUUAUGGCAGAGCUACAGGUUUUCCAGAAGUGCUCUGUUAAGGAGGUAGGGCUCAAGGGUUUGGUAGAGCCACAGAUCAGAGAGCUAAGACCUGGGGUCUUACUGCCCCUUAAAGAUAAGAAGAAUACUGAAAACCAAGAUGACAAGAAUCCUGACACAGAUGAGAACUGCAACAAUACAAUUCGUCAGAGUCCUGGGGUCAUCUACUAUGUCACAGCUCAGAUCUCCAAGGGGACUCCAUCAGCCUCAGAGGAAUCAACAGAGCGUAGAGACACAUCACAGUCUCCCCCAUCACAGGUGUCACAUGUCAAUGCUUCUGACCAAUCCCAAAGCCAGCUGCAAGUAUCCACUAACAAAUUUGGUGCCCUCAAAAGCAGUGGCCCAGCCAGCUCUCCUAGCACUCUACACCAAAAUCAGUUGUCUCGUUCAGCCUCGUUGAAGUCAAAUCCACCCUCUUCAUUGGAAGAAGUUCCAGCUAGCCCAACCCAAGGGAAAGUUCAUGUGGUCAAGGCUGCUCAAGUGCAGGUUAGCAUAGAAGAGAGGGUAGAGUCUCCAACAGCAAUUUGCUCACCAGUCUCUUUUGAAGACACUGUACCGAUUCUUUCUAAAGCAAUCCCUGUUGGGCCAGAUUUAGCUAAUCAGAAACAUAUAUUUGUUUCAUCCAAGGUGAAGGAAAGGAAAUUUGAAGAAAUGGAGGAAAAUAAUGAGGCCUCUCUCAGUCCCGAUCUGUCAGGAGAAGAGCCACCUCCGCCUCCUCCUGAUAACUUUGCCUUUAUGAUCACUAACACCAAGGUACAAGCCCUUUCCACUGGAGAGUACCAUCAGCUAGUCAAUGCCAAGAAAGGUAGUGUGCAGACGGUAACUGUUGGCAGCAAACAACCAAGUGCUUCUGGAAGUGGCAUGGCAUCAGGAGGUGAUGCCAGCACCAGUGACAAUGCCAGUAAAAAGCCAGUCAUCAUCAUCUUUGAUGAGCCAAUGGAUAUUCGCUCAGCAUAUAAACGCCUCUCUACUGUCUUUGAAUGUGAGGAGGAACUAGAGCGGAUGCUUGCAGAAGAAAGAAUAGAUGAGGAGAGUGAGGAAACUGAGGAAGAAGAGUGGACUAGGGGUGUGAAGGUCAAACAGAAUAGAGAUGGUAGGGAUUCUGGAAAAGGUACUGGUUCAGAUUCUCCUGCAGAUAUCAGAGACAGUCGAGUCAUUAACUCUUCUUCAUCCUCAUCUUUAUCUGAGGGAGGGGUAUUAGUAGAUGUUACUGGUGAUGCAAAGCAAGAUGGAAAGAAGAAGUUUAAGUUGAAAUUCCCCAAGAAACAGCUAGCAGCAUUAACCCAAGCCAUUCGAGCUGGAAGUAAAACAGGCAAAAAGACUUUGCAGGUUGUUGUCUAUGAGGAUGAGGAAGAGUCAGAUGGAGCUGUCAGACAACACAAAGAGACCAAGAGGUUUGAAAUCGAUUGCUCCAAAACAGAGUCUUCAAAAUCAAAUCUGCAGGAACCUAAUGGACGAACUAAUGAGAUUCGUAAGAACACGUACAAAACCCUUGACAGUCUAGAGCAAACUAUAAAGCAGCUAGAGAACACAAUUUCCGAAAUGGGACCGAAGUCUUCAGAAGAGCCUGAAAUCUUGGUGAAGCCUGAAACUCAGGACAAUACGACUGAAGAGACUCCAGGACACUCAGAGAAAAUACUUGCUCCCAAAACCUUGGUCCUUAGGUCGAGUUCUGCCAGCAAAGGUCCUGGUCUACGAAAGAAGACAAAACCCCAGCUCCUUCCUCGGCCUGCCAUCAUUCCAACUUCUGGGGUCUCAGUCAAACCAGUUCCCACCCAGCAGAAUGCCAGCGUGGUCUCACCUACUAGUCGGAUGCCAGUGCCUGUUUCUGCCAAGCAAAUCCUCUAUCCCUCCUCGAUCCAGUUCCACCCCUUCCUCUCAUAUCCCCUCUGUUUCUAA